UAUUGUGAGGUUUAACAGCGGGGAAUUGGUGGGCUGAGCGGGGGAUGCUGCUGCUUUCGUCUCAUCCUCUCUGCAUGCACAUCAUACCGUGUAUCACAUGCAAGGGCAGUUCCUUGCUUUUCGAAGGCUGUAAGAGGACAUUUUUGACCAAACGGGAAAGUCUUGCUGUGCUCCUGAUGGAGGGAAGGUUGGGAGGCUUUAAGGAAGGACACCAUGUUUCCCUGUGUCUCCUCCUGGACUUCUGCUGAAGCGACUGCUCCUCUCUGCUAUGCUCCAUCCACUCCUGCAGCCCAGUCACCUGAUCAGACGCUUCCGGACCUGCUGCGUGGGUGUGCCACACUCUCAGCCCCUCCCCUGAACCCCUGUAUCGCUAACAUGGAGUCCCUCAUUGUGGUGACGGAGUAUGAACCUAGUGGGGACAGGAUGGGUGAUGUUGACGAGGAGGAGCCAGAAGAGAUGGAUAGCUCAGAGACACCUGAGCUGGCCUCAGCUCCCCCUCCUCCCUUCCACGCGCCAUCCUGUGACCUUUUAUUACAUACAGCUAGCCGACCUGAGGCUCUCUUCCCACAGGAACACCGUGGCAGGCUGAACCUCUCUGACAGGAAGCUGUCACUGCAGGAGCGCUCACACACCCUCUCCUCUCCCUGCGGCUCACCUGGCCUUAACGGUCGCUAUAUCUACCCGUCACUGCCCUACUCGCCAAUCACCUCACCCCACUCGUCCCCUCGCUUACCUCGUCGACCCACAGUUGAGUCGCACCGAGUUUCCAUCACUGAUCUGCAGGACUGCGUGCAGCUGAACCAGUACAAGCUGAAAGACGAGAUUGGAAAGGGGUCUUAUGGAGUUGUCAAACUGGCCUACAAUGAAGACGACAACACCUACUACGCGAUGAAGGUCCUGUCCAAGAAGCGUUUGAUGCGGCAGGCUGGUUUCCCACGAAGACCUCCUCCUCGAGGGGCACGCUCUGAUCCUGAGGGCCCACCUCAGCCCAAAGGCCCUCUGGAGCGGGUGUACCAGGAGAUAGCCAUUCUCAAGAAACUUGACCAUCCUAAUGUGGUCAAGCUGGUGGAGGUGCUGGAUGACCCAAGUGAGGACCAUCUGUACAUGGUAUUUGAACUGGUCAAGCGAGGUGCUGUGAUGGAGGUCCCCACUGAUAAAGCCCUGAAUGAGGAGCAGGCUCGCUUCUAUUUCCAAGACCUUCUCAGGGGAAUUGAAUACUUACACUAUCAGAAGAUCAUUCACCGUGAUAUUAAGCCGUCAAACCUAUUGGUCGGUGAAGAUGGACACAUUAAAAUCGCUGACUUUGGAGUCAGCAACCAGUUUGAGGGAGCCGACGCCCUUCUGACCAGCACAGUGGGAACACCGGCAUUCCUCGCUCCAGAAACACUCUCCGAGACGCGCAAAAACUUCUCGGGCAAGGCUCUGGAUGUUUGGGCCAUGGGGGUCACGCUGUACUGCUUCGUCUUUGGUGUGUGUCCUUUCAUGGACGAGCGCAUACUCAGUCUGCACCAGAAGAUCAAAACUCAGCCUGUGGAGCUUCCUGAGCAUGCCGACGUGUCUGAUGAUUUAAAGGACCUCCUUUUUAAGAUGCUGGAUAAAAAUCCUGAAAACCGAAUAACCGUGCCACAGAUUAAGGUUCACCCUUGGGUGACACGGCAUGGGGCAGAGCCUCUUCCUCCCGAGGAUGACAACUGCUGCAGUCUGAUCGAGGUGACAGAGGAGGAGGUGGAGAACUCAGUGAAACAUAUCCCUAGUCUGGCAACAGUGAUCUUGGUGCGCACCAUGCUGCGUAAACGAUCAUUCGGGAAUCCUUUCGACUGGAGCCGCAAGGAGGACCGCAGCCCCACCACACAGGGACACAGCCUAAUAAAAGGGAGAGCAGGGAAUUUACGAUACUGCUACAUUCACGGUAACCAAAGGAAACAAGAGAGUGGAGACGGUGCACGCAGUGUGGACUUGCCCUUCGUAGGCGAGGAUGAAGUGCUUUCCUGAUGCUUCAUGUCUGACUGAAAGGGCUUAGUGUCUCAUGCCCCCGGGAAGUGGAUGAGGGGGGGUUUGGAAUGGUUCCCGAGUGCCAUCGUGCAGAAGAUGGCGUGUGGAGCGUUUCCCCUACAACAUGCAUGCAUUUGUACAGUUUUACAGCAGCAUGCGCUGUGUGUAUGUGUGUCAUCUCAGGACACACUCUUCCUUACAUUUGUGCGUGCGUGCGUCUGUGUGUGUGAGAGAGAGACUGUGUGUGUUUGUUUUACCUCCUGUCCAAUACAGAGGCUGUGCUUGCACUUUUACAAUAUGGACUUCUUAAAGCACGUGGCGGAGGAGGCUCAAACGUAAUUGGCUGAUUCUCAACACAGGAAGUGCAAAAAAACUUUAAAUACUUGGAAAAUAGCUUCCAUUUAGCUUAAAGCUACCACAGGAGGUUCAGAUCAAUGUAACCCAUUUAAUAAAAUCAGCAUGUAGAUUUUGCUCACAGUGAAAUGAUCCAGUUUGUGACUGAAGGGUCCUCCAUGUUUGUAGGAUCAGGAACACUUUCAGGUAUUUAAACCGCUUUUCGGGACAUCAAAAGAAAAAAAAGUCAAUCGAAAAGGCAGAUCGAGAAACAGCCCGUGAUCAGAUCACUAUCAGGGUUUGAUAUUAAAUAGAUAUAGAAUGGAUUUAUUUUUAGAUCCUUUAUCAAAGAACUAGAAUGUAAAAUAGAUUAAGGUUCUUGUUGCAAAAAAACCCCAUAACACAUUACCUUUGGACUGUCAAGCAAUAGAAGUCACUGCCGUAUCAGAUAAAGCUUAAUUAAAGCUUUAAAGUUAAAACGGUGUUCAAUAUUUUUUUGAAUUGCAUGUUUUAUAUUAUAGGUUGAACACUGAACAAACCUAAAAAUCUCAUCUCUUGAUCUCCUCCUCUGUUAUUCUGUCAAACUAUUAAUAAUGCUCCUAAGGUUGUGUCUCAAAUUGCAUACAAGUCAAUGAACAUAAAUAUUGGCUCUCUUGACAUAAAUGACCUUAUGCCCAAGACGACUGAUGACUUUUAUAUCGAACGUACGGAAACACUAUUUUCACACUUUAUUUUGGUCGAUUUGUAUGUAAAAUACUACUAUUGACACCCCCACAAAUAAGGAACAGCGUACCAUUGGAUGUUGUGUUAAGGUCCCACAGAGUUUGUGUAUGUGGGAUGUGGUAGCUCAGUGCUUAAGGUGUUCGACUACUGAUCGGAAGGUCAGUGGUUCGAAUGCCAGGUCCACCAAGUUGCCACUACAGGUCCCCCCUUAACCCUCAAUUGCUCGGGUGUAUAAACUGAAAUAAAAAUGUAAGUCACUCUGGAUAAGAGUGUCUUCUAAAUGCUGUAAAUGUACAUGUAUGUGGAGUUUAUGAUAUCCUCAAUCUUACUAUCACAUUAUGUAAGUCUGUGAUUUGAGACACAGCCCAGGUGAUAAAUCCAGCACCCACCUGCUUACGUAAAUUAAAAAGCCAGUUUGCAUUGUUAAUUAUGUUAGUAAUUACUUCAGCCUGUUGUCGUUUACUUUAUUUGUUUUGCGAAAAUAUUUCAGUUAUUGUGUGGCUCAAGUCUCAGUAUUUCUCUCUAGAAAGUCCUUAAUGGUUAAAGGUUAAACCUCUGUCUUGAUCUGUGUGUGCGCGUGCACGUGUGUGUGUGAUAAAUGUAAACACACUAACUAAUGGAUAAGGUCAAAUCAGGAGACUUUUUUUUAAUGGGGAAGGUAUUUAAGGGAAUUUUAGCAAGUUUAUAAAAUGUCCACAAUGUUCCUUCACCCAAAAUGUAGUCAAGACAAGACACGUAUGCUGUAUACCAAGCUAACAAUGCUAUGAGUGCAGCAUUGUCCAGAGGUUUGGCAAUUUUCAGGACCUCUUAAGUUUAAGCCAAUAGAUAUAUUUCUAUUACAUUUAAUAUGGAACAUACAAAUGGCGUUUAGUAACGUGCCCUAGAGGUGACUUAGACAUCCACGAUGCCAAAUGGUGGCUAGAAGCUUUGAUUAAUUGAAAGCUACAUUAGCCUUAUAACUGCAUUGGAAAACACCAAAAGUCCAACACCAAACAUUCUGUUUACUUUUACAGUAAUAGGGUUGAUGUGCUGUACAUUGGAUUUGGUUCCUUGUUUUUUUUAGGGUAAUUUAGGUAUGUUCAGUAUUUGCAAAUGAUGCAAACCUCCUUUUUAUGAUAAACUGAUCUUUUACCAAAAUAUUACAAACUGGUGCAUCUUUAAAAAAAAAAAAAGACAUGGUCAUGUUGAAAGUGUAUUAGUCAUGAACAUUUUAAUAAUAGACAUAUAGAUUGCAUCAUUUUUUAGAGAAAUACAGUAACUUUUACAAUCUAUGCAUGACUUGAUUGAACCUUUUGGACAUAAAUGUAUGCCUUACAUUUCAUCAUUGUAACUUUUUGAUACUAUAUAGAUAAAGUAGGAUCAUUUACGCUUGAGCUGCUGUAGUUUAGAACAGUAGUGUGUGUGGGUGAGUGAGUGUGUGUGUGUUCUCUGCUUUUGCUCUUCUUUAGCUGUAUAUCAUUGUAUUUGUGGCUGCUGUUUUUCUGCCAUUGAAAUUCCUUUAUGCUGCACACACACACACACAUGCAUACACGCACACACCUUGAUGUUAAAUAGUUUUGUGCUUCCAUGGUGAGGAGGGAUCAUGUUUAAGCAUGAGUAUGUCGAGUUUUCUGCAUUUCGCUUCUUGCAUGUUGACUGAGAUCUUGGUGCAGGAUAUUGUGUGGUUUUUAUCACUAUUACUAUGCACAUGUAGCUGUGUUAGUUGUGCUCAUGUUGGAUAUCAGGAGGAAAGGUUCUAUUAAAGUGUAUAUUAACUGAUAUUUACAAGGUCUCAUAAAGGACUACAAUUCUGAUGUACAAACAUUACUUGCUUUUCCACCAGACAGUGCAGCUGGUCUCAGUAAAUAAUCUCUUAUUCUGUCGACUAAAUAUCUUUGGGCGGAACUAACAGUGCUGAUAACUGAUGGGCCAAACACACCGGUGUCAGAAUUGGUCUCUGACUAGAGUGGCUUCUCUUACAGAUAUUACAGCCCAGUGAUAUUCAGUAGUAGAGUAGUAACUGUCUGGCCAGCUGAAGACUUCUUUAGACCAUCUUCAAGUGUUGAAUCCCAAAUAGCUUCUAAAUCAAUGUAUAUGAUUAUACAACAUGACAACAUAUUCAACCACAGUUUAAUUAGACAAAGUUUGCACUCAAUAGUCUGUGUUUUGUAUUGGCACCCUCUCGUGAUUGAGUCAUUUACUGCCACUUAAACAUGUCAUGUCAUGUAAUUAGUGGCAGCUGACAGACGCACACACAUAUUGUUAUAUUACACAUACCUCAAACACACACCCUUCCCGUCUACGCUCCAGAGACACACUUGACAGCUGUUAAAAUGUUGGACUACUGAUCAGAUGGUUAAGAGUUCGAUCCCAACGAUGCAAAGCUGGGUUUUUAAGGUGUCUCCCGAAUGCUGUUAAAUGCCACCCACUUUCACUGGUAUAGAAAUUAAAGCAGGUUAUGGAAAUAUCUGGAUUUGUAUCAUUGUAUGGUGCUGUCUGGUGGAAAAGUACUAUUAGUGUACUACAGAUUUCUAUAGUAAACUGGUGUUUGCCAAGUAUUUAAGAAGCAUUUUUGCAUGUUCCAAAUACAAUAGAACACAGCAUAAGCUAGAACUUCUUGGUUUUAUAUUAAAAAAGAGCUCCAAUAUGCACUAACAGAACUUGUUUCUGUUUGAUUCGGAACGUAUAUCAAGUUACGUUUUUUUUUUUUUACUAAAUUUGACUGUACUAUAUGAUAGGUUUGGAAAAACACACCAGAAUAUCUUCUCUGGCCCGUAGUCAGAAUUGGUGACUUAAGUCCAAAGGUUUCUGUUGAAAGUAAAGAAGAGAAAUUUGUGCACAUAUUUAGUUUAGUUAUGUAGGCAUUUAAGUUGGUUUUCUGGGCUUCCAAUUAAAAACAUUAAAAUCCCCUGCAUAUAGUUUAUGUGUCUACACUAAUUUACUUUCCAGUGGAAGUGUCUGAGACAGGGAUUUUCCCCAUAGCAUCUAGACAACUGCCUUUAAACACAAGCACUUGCCUUUAAACCAGAGAAAAAAAAAUCAGGGAUCGAAAGUUUUCUUUGCUGUCAAAUGUGGUAUAGUGUGAUAUAAAAGAGAAAAAAGGACUAAUAUGAUAAUAAAUAUGAAACAGAAGAAUGCAAAGUUUGACACAAACAUCUAAUAGGAGUUUUAAUUUUUGAUUAAUUCAAAAAUAUGACUUUCACUCUCAUUAUUCAUCAGCUCUUAAAAUAAAUUUAGCACAUUUGAUUAAUUUGCUUUUUAUUUAUUUAUUUAUUUAAAAAAUGACUUUAUUUAAAAUGUCCUGCUGAUUUAAAGAAUAAGCUGAUAUUGGGAACUUGGGUACACCAAGUACUGAAAUGCCAAAUUCAAAAGUUUAUCCAUUUAUAUGUUUAAUCAAAAAGCAGUGUCUUAGAUUAAGUUGCAUCUCUCUAUUCAAUAAUCUUUUUUUUUGUGCACAGUCACAUAGUUAUGUAUUUAAUAUUGGACUCAAAUGUCUUUUUGUCUUUAGUCUCUUUGAGUGUAUUUGUUGUUGUUAUAUCACACCAUCAGACAGUAACACUGGAUUAAAUACUGCUUCUCGUUGAGCCUUAAGUCAAAGGUCAGAAUCUCAUAUAACUGAGACUCUCCUCUGUUUCCUUGUCAAAACUAUUGGACUGAAUAACUAUGUUUAGAUUUUUGGUAUCAAAUACUCACUACGUGCACAUGAACUCUGAAUACGGCCCUGAGCUGUUAAAAACAAAGGUAGAUUAAAUGACACUUCAAAACAAAACUGAAUUUUGUUGUAUUGUUUGCCAUUGAUAUCAUAUUAACUUGCCAAAAAUUAUAAUUAUUUUCAACAUGUACCAUAUUUUAUGCAGAAAGGUACUUUCUCAGGUGUGUUUUGUCCUACACACCUUAUGACUGAAGCUGGUACAGGAUGAACUGAAAUCGGCAUGAUUAGAGCUACAGUUUAAAAGCGACAAUGCUGUAAGAUAUUUGUAGAUGUAUAAAUACGUAGGCUUUUUAUCUCAAUGGUGUGUGCCCAGGUUUGACUGAAGGGCUAGAGGACAUAUCACUUACACACACGUAGGGUUUAGCGCCUGUAGUGAAAAGUGUUUACAUAGAUUUAACUGCAUGCCAUCAUCAUCAUCAUCAUCAUCAGCAGCAGCAGCAGCAGCACACACCAUUUCUGAGCAUGUUGGAAUGUUUAACACGAGUCACAGUGAUCUCAUUACUUACACUCUAUACAUAUUGUAUCCUGUUCAAUAUUUGAAUAAACUGAAUAAAUAUUUGAUUAAAUUGC